UUCACUACCAGCUGUGCCCCAUCAGGUUACUUGUACAGGUAGCUUAUCCUACUUGAACAGUUGAACUGAUUGUCUAACUUCCUAGCAUCUUCCUUGUGAAUAAGUGAAGAGAAAAAUGAAUCUGAAAGAUAGAAGAAUUAUUUUAACGUAAUUAACCAUAGAUAAGUGAGGGUUUAACAAUUGAUCAACUUGUUACUUCAUUUCCAACCUAGCACAAAUAAUAAUAAAUAAUUGGCAGAAUGUCAAUGAACUUUGAAAAUUUUGAUGGUCGGGACUGCUUGAUCAAAGCAGUGAAGUCAAAAAAUGCUGAGAAUGUGGAGAGAGUCAUAGCCUCACUGUUGAGUCAUGGGCGUGACAUCACUCGCAACCUCUGCACACCUGAUCAAGAGGGCUACUCUGCUCUUCAUCAUGCUGUUUUGCAGAAAGAUCCUGCAAUGGUGAAGAAACUUCUCAUGCAUGAUGCAGAUAGAAGGUGCAUAAACAUGGAGAGUCAUGAUCGAGAUCGAUCCACUGCUCUGCUGCUUCUCUGUAAAAACUGCACAGCCUCACACCUGGAGGUUCAGGAAGAAAUAUUGGCGAGCCUUCUACAUGCUGGGGCAAAUCCCAACUUGCCUGAAAGAGAUCCAUUUUCCCUGCCCUUAUUGUGCGUCUUGGAGAAACGCUGGUGGCGAGGAGCUGAGCUAAUGCUGGACGCAGGGGCGGACGCCACAGCCACGGAUUCUGCUCACUAUAGGUUUCCAGCCACACGCUAUGCUCGGGAUAAUGUCGAAAUACUGAGGAACCUUUUGAGCAAAGGAUGUUUGUGCCCUUCCCUCAACAAUUGGAUAGUUGAAAGAAAACUAACAGACGCCCAGUUGGCGACCAUAUUGCCGCCGUACAUAUUGUUUCACCCUGAGAGUAAUGUGCUGAAUGUUCUGCUUGCUGCUGCCUCGGCAUUGUACCACGAGAGCGCUCUGUACAUUCUGGAGCAUUACAUGUUUGACAGGAUGGAUACAUUUGAGCAAAUAAUCUGCGAUAUCUUUAAACUUAAUAAUGGAAUCAACUGGGCAGACAAGAAAAAGUACAUAACUGCCUUGACGAAGAACAGCUUCAGUAGUGAAUUGAACAAGAAUGACCUGCUGAUAAUGCUUUUCCUGACUUGCGCCAGGUCCUGCCCUAAAUAUGAAGACAAAGAAGAGUGUUGCGGCUUGUGCGACAUCAAUGUCGAACAAAUCUGGAUCAAUCUAGAACAUAUUCUUAGACUAGCCGAGCACAAUGGUCUACCCAUCGAAAAGUGGAAGCUAAGCAAGGAACUGAUCGAAAAUCCCUUUUUUGAAACAGUACGGGCAGAAUGGACGUAUGAUGAUAAGGGCACGGAAAAAGAUGUUAACGUCCUCAACCUUGUGCUGCUCCAGACGACUUUAUGUUCGGUUCGCCUCGUCUUGAAGCUCCUGCUACUGAUGAAACAGAAAGGUUUCCGGCUGACAGUGUCAUCUGCGGCAGCAUUCUUAUCUAGUCCAUGCACAUGUCGCCCAAUCCAUCAAAAUACUGACAUUAAUUUCCAAGCUAUUGUGCACCCGGAGUCACCGUAUCGAAUUCUGUUAUCAGAGCUGAUCAGGAACUGCUGUGAAGAGGGGCAGUGCUGGUUCAGGUCGCCCAGGAUGAUGGAUUUGUGUAGGAGCGGCAUUAGAGCAAGACAUCAUUUCCGUGUGCUUAUGCUGCUCCAUCUCGGCGUACACGAAUUAUUCCUGUCCAAGCACGAAUUAUACCACGAGACACAAAUUGCAUGGCCGCAUACUGAAAGUGAGCGGCUCAUGAGCUCCAUUGUUCAUCGUUAUGCUCCGAGAUGGAAGCUUCGGACUCCUCCGCCUGGGUCUCUAGGCCACGACGAAAUGAGAUGGUUAAGAUAUCACUAUCGUCCAGAAGAAGAAGUGGCAUUCUUAAAUCAAAUGUUGUCACUCUUAAAUCAAAUGGCGCCGCUGCGGUCGCUGAAGGAGCUGUGUCGCCUCUCCAUCCGCGCCUCCCUUGGCCACUGCAGGAUUGAAGAGAAGACGGAAGGCUUGCGAAACGAGUUGCCAGCUUCUCUUAGAGAAUACCUUUACUUCCGGGACCGUUGAAAUGGUGCAUUUCAAGUGGUGAUGAUUCACUGAUACAGCGUUGAACCCAAAAUUCAGUACUAAACGUAUCAAAAUUUUAUUUUGACUUAUAAUUGAACAUUCAAGUGAAUAAAACGAAACGGAGUCUUAUCUAUCGUCAACGAAACCCCAAAAGACAAUAACGAUAACAUUCCCAAAUCACAACAGUAUUUGGUUUGGUAUCUUUAAUAGGAAUUUUUUGAUUUAGUUACUUCAACGACACAAAUUUUUCAUUAAAACUUCGGAAGAUGUUUUUUACGGCUACGCUGAUGCGACUACGUCGUCAACUGCCUGAGGCACGUGUGUGCUACUGAGGCCCAGAAGCAAUAGAACUAACGCUCAUCUGGCCUCAGUUGGGGGAGCUGAUGCGAGAUUAUUUUGGUGACAAUAGUGGGACAGAGGCGGACGUCCAGGGAUUGUGCUCAAAGAUACGUUAAGGAUUCCUUGUCAGACGGAUGUGUGAUUUAGACUGUUGUGGUGGUGGUAUUGACGCCAAGUGAUGUCUUAUUCUGGCCUUUUUCAAGAUUGUAUUAAGCUUUCCAUUUCAUAUAUUUUUCAGGUUUUUUUUCUUGUAAUUUGUUGUAAACAGCGCAACAAAUUGUGUGUGUUC